AUGACUUCAACGGACACGUACCAGUUGAAAUGGCAUUCUCACAGUUCACAUCUGAACGGCUCGGUGGCGUCUUUGCUACGAUCCGAGCGUUUCACGGAUGUAGUACUAUGUACUAUGGAUGGGUCGCAGAUACCGGCGCACAAGUUCAUAUUGAGCUCCUGCAGUGUUUAUCUGAGUACAUUGUUCGAGGGACAGAGAUCUGUGACUCGAAUGGGCGGGAUGCUGUACGUAGUACUCCCCUCGGAGAUCUCAACAAAGGCUUUGAAGAUUCUGGUGGAGUAUAUGUAUAAAGGUGAGACCACUGUAUCAAAUGAGGUUCUAGAUACAGUGCUUAAAGCAGGCGAAGUGCUUAAAAUCAGAGGUCUGUGGCGUCAGAAUGAUGAGGCUGGCGGUGAUUCAACUCCCGCUGAGAAAACAACAACUCAACCAGCCAACAUCAACAAGCAAACCAAGAAACCCGAUGAACCAAAGCUAACGGUGAAAAAAGAUGACAAACUCCUUAAAACAUUCAACCCUGUACAGCCACAAGGUGUCACAAGACCUAUGUUCAUUGGUCCACCGAAGCUGGUGUUUAUAAAGACUUCAGAAGGCAGUACUCAAGCGGCAGCAUUGAGACCUGGUGCUCCGAAGGGUCAGACUAUACUUGUGGCCCCUGCUCCGACUACCGAGGCAAAUACAGUACCUAUACUUUCCAAUGCCGAGGAUUCUCCCGAUGAAACCCCACCACCAAGAAUACUGCGUCGACAUGCUGCUGAGAGGAAGUACGGCAAGAAACAGAAGACUGAUCAAGCAGAAGAAGAAAAAGAACAAGAUGAUCAUGAUAAUGCAUCCGUUAGUUCAAAGAAAUCAACUCAAAGUGUACCGGACACAAGCACAGAGAUACAGAUUAAAGAUGAACCGGAGUGGGAUGCCAGUAGUAUUGAGGAAGAGGAGAGGUCCAUCGCUGAGAUGUUUCAAGCCGAGAUGAGUGUCAAGUCAGAACCUAUUGAUGAUAUGGAUAUUGAAGAGGAAAGCUUGUUGUACAGUCCUUUGGCGUGUGAGUUGUGUGCGGAGGUGUUCACUGUACCCGCGGCGUGGGUUAGACACGUACAGAGACACGCGCACUCAGACCAUCAUCAUCCCAGGAAGAGGAGGCGCUCCGCGAGUGACGAUACGGAGGAGACGAUGGCGUUACUACGAUGUGAUCUGUGCCAGAAACACUUCCCCAACCCCGCGGAGUGGGUGCGACACGUGCAGGGGACACACACGGAGACAGAAUUGGCCAUAUCAAACAACAGAGCACCACCAAAACGUCACAAUCGUUUCACAGACGGUGAGCAAAACAAGAUUUGCUCGCAAUGUAAGAAGACCUUCCCAUCGCACGCCUCCAUGCUCAUACACAUGAGAACGCACACGGGCGAGCGUCCGUUCGUGUGCGGGCUGUGCAACAAGGGCUUCAACGUGAAGUCUAACCUGCUGCGUCACCUGCGCACGCUGCACGACCAGGUCAUCAGCCCCGCGCGCCUCGACGACGACGAGCCCGCGCCGCCCGCCGACCUGAAGAAGGAGACUUGA